CUCAAAUCUCUUCAAGAAGGCUGUGGACGUCGGCUCCGUGUUUGUGCUUUCGUGGCGAUGUUGUUGUAGCUUUCUUCAUGAACCUGUCAAAUUUUUAGUUCCAAUUUGAACGGUCGAAAAUGCUGACGAAAUUCGAGACGAAAUCGGCACGAGUGAAAGGCUUGUCCUUUCACCCAAAACGCCCAUGGCUUCUGUCAAGUUUACACAAUGGCAUCAUCCAGCUGUGGGACUACCGCAUGUGCACUCUGCUGGAGAAGUUCGACGAACAUGAUGGCCCAGUGCGAGGCAUCUGCUUCCACUCGCAGCAGCCCCUAUUUGUCUCUGGUGGAGAUGAUUACAAAAUCAAGGUUUGGAACUACAAACAGAAGCGUUGUAUUUUCACGCUGCUUGGUCACUUGGACUACAUCCGCUCAACAGUGUUCCAUCAUGAAUACCCCUGGAUCCUCAGUGCUUCAGAUGACCAAACCAUCAGGAUUUGGAACUGGCAGAGCCGUACUUGCAUUUGUGUGCUCACUGGUCACGCUCACUAUGUGAUGUGCGCUCAGUUCCACCCAUCGGAAGACCUUGUUGUAUCAGCAUCUCUGGACCAGACCGUCCGUGUUUGGGAUAUUUCAGGUAUUGCCAGCCAGUGCAACAGCCAAGGAUUACGCAAGAAGAAUGUUGCCCCUGGGCCCGGUGGUCUUGAAGAGCAUUUGAGGAACCCAAAUGCUACUGAUUUGUUUGGCCAAGCUGAUGCUGUUGUCAAGCAUGUGCUCGAGGGGCACGACCGUGGAGUCAACUGGGUUGCCUUCCACCCUACCCUCCCUCUGAUUGUCUCUGGAGCUGACGACAGACUUAUCAAAAUGUGGAGAAUGAAUGAAGCCAAGGCUUGGCAAGUGGACACAUGCAGAGGCCACUACAACAAUGUGUCCUGUGUACUGUUCCAUCCUCGGCAAGAACUGAUCAUUUCCAAUUCUGAAGACAAGAGCAUCAGAGUGUGGGAUGGGACCAAGAGAUCAUGCCUGCACACAUUCCGAAGGGAGCAUGAGCGUUUCUGGGUGCUGGCUGCUCAUCCGACUCUCAACCUCUUUGCUGCUGGUCAUGAUUCAGGAAUGAUCAUCUUCAAGCUGGAGCGUGAACGUCCUGCCUAUGCAGUCCAUGGCAACUUCCUGUAUUACGUCAAGGAACGUUACUUGCAUCGCCUGGACCUCACAGCCACAAAGGACAUCGUUCUGAUACAACUUCGAGGGGGAGGACGCACUCCAGUGUACAGCAUGUCCUACAAUCCUGCUGAAAAUGCGGUGUUGCUGUGCACUCGCACGGGCAAUGUCGAAACCUCUACUUAUGACUUGUACACAAUUCCCAAAGAAGGUGACAGUCAGAACCCUGAUAAUCCUGACAGUAAGAGAGCCUCUGGCAUUACUGCUAUCUGGGUAGCGCGCAAUCGCUUUGCUGUUCUUGACCGAACACACUCGCUGGUUAUCAAGAAUUUGAAGAAUGAAGUUACCAAGAAGGUGCAAACCCCAGCAUGCGAUGAAAUCUUUUAUGCAGGAACAGGGAUGCUACUUCUCAGAGAUCCAGACUCUAUUACUCUUUUCGAUGUUCAGCAAAAGAGGACUCUGUCUCAAGUGAAAAUCAGCAAAUGCAGGUAUGUUGUGUGGUCUGCCGACAUGUCUCUGGUGGCACUGUUGGCCAAGCACACUGUUCUCAUCUGCUCCCGCCGACUUGAGACCAAGUGCUCCAUUCAUGAAAACACAAGAGUGAAGUCUGGAGCUUGGACAGAUGAUGGUAUUUUCAUUUACACUACAAGCAACCACAUCAAAUAUGCAAUUUCCAAUGGUGACCAUGGUAUCAUUCGUACUUUGGAUAUGCCUAUCUACAUUACUCAAGUGAAAGGAAAUCAAGUGUUUAAUCUUGACCGUGAGUGUAGACCUAGAGUUAUGAAAAUAGAUCCCACUGAGUACAAAUUCAAAUUGGCUCUUAUUAAUCGCAACUACGAUGAGGUCUUGCACAUGGUUCGUAAUGCAAGGCUGCUUGGUCAGUCCAUCAUUGCAUACCUACAGCAGAAGGGCUAUCCUGAAGUGGCUCUGCACUUCGUCAAGGAUGAAAUGACUCGAUUUGGCUUGGCCCUGGAAUGUGGCAAUAUUGAAGUUGCCGUUGAGUCUGCUCGUGCCCUCGAUGACAAGCAUUGCUGGGAAUGUUUAGGCGAGGCUGCUUUACUUCAAGGAAAUCAUCAAGUUGUUGAGAUGUGCUACCAAAGAACUAAGAACUUUGAUAAACUUGCAUUUUUGUAUCUCAUCACUGGAAAUUUGGAAAAACUGCGAAAGAUGACAAAGAUUGCAGAAAUUCGCAAGGACUGCAUGGGUCAGUACCAGGGGGCCCUUUACCUUGGUGACAUUGCUGAGCGUGUCAAGGUUUUGAAGCCAACCCAGCCCUCCUUGGCGUACUUGACUGCUGCAACCCAUGGUCUGAGAGAGGAUGCUGAGCAGCUGCAAGAACAGUUACUGACAGCUGAAAAGAAACUUCCAGACUUUGACUCGGAUGCCACUUUCAUUCGUCCUCCUGUACCUAUUCUACAAGCUGAAUCUAACUGGCCAUUGCUUACUGUCACUAAGGGCUUCUUUGAGGGAGCCAUGACCAACCGCAGCACUGCAGCAGCGAAUGCUGCCCUUGCCGCUGCUCCUAUUGGUGAUGAAGUGGAACCGGAAGGCUGGGACACAGACCCAGAAGUUGAUGAUGGUGAAGGGGAAGAAGGUGCCGGUGAUGCUGGGGCUGGAGGUGGAACGGGUUGGGAUGAAGGUGAUGAUGAUUUGGAACUUCCACCUGAAUUGGAGGAAACCUUGCCAGCUGCUGCAGAAGAGGGCUACUUUGUGGCACCAACCAAAGGAACAUCUCAGUCACAGCUCUGGGUCAACAAUUCACAGUUGGCUGUUGAUCAUAUCCUUGCUGGUUCCUUUGAAUCAGCGUUUAGAUUACUCCACGACCAGGUGGGAGUUGUGAACUUCGAUGCAUAUGAGAGCGUCUUUAUGAGCACAUUCAGUCGUGCUCGCGCGUCAUUCCCAGCAUUCCCGCAGCGAGGCUCUAUCUAUAGGCAUCUGCAACGUAGUUGGGGUGAUUCGGGCCCCAAAGGAGGUCUUCCAGCCAUUGGUUUGAAGCUGAAUGACCUUGUCCAGAGGCUUCAGGUCUGCUAUCAACUUACCACAGGAGGAAAAUUCAUUGAAGCUGUUGAGAAAUUCAGAGCUUUACUUCUGAGCAUUCCCCUUCUAGUUGUUGAUACCAAGCCAGACAUUGUACAAGCCCAACAGCUACUGCAAAUAUGCAGAGAGUAUAUCUUAGGUUUAAUGAUGGAGCUUCUACGUAAAGAUCUUCCUAAAAACUCAUUAGAAGAGCAGAAGAGAAAUUGUGAGAUGGCAGCAUACUUCACUCACUGUAAUCUUCAGCCUGUGCAUCAAAUUCUCACUCUCCGCACAUCUUUGAAAUUAUUCUUCAAACUGAAGAAUUUCAAAACUGCUGGAUCCUUUGCAAGGAGAUUGUUAGAAUUAGGGCCAAGUCCAGACCUCUCCCAACAGGCUAAGAAAUUCUUGCAGGCCUGUGAUAUGAAUCCUGUAGAUGAACACAAGCUCGCUUAUGAUGAACACAAUCCAUUCUCACUGUGUGGUGUUACCUAUAAGCCCAUCUACCGUGGAAAAGCUGAAGAAAAAUGUCCCCUCUGUGGCACUAGUUACUUGCCUCAGUACAAGGGAACCGUUUGCACAGUUUGUACAGUAGCUGAAGUUGGCAAAGACUGUCUAGGACUUCGCAUUUCAACUUUGCAGUUCCGAUAAAAAGUAUUAUAGGCCAUGGCAUUUGCCUUCUGUUUCAUGAAAUCUUUGAUCUAUUUUUGAUCUUCUCGAUCAACUUCAAAGCGCUAUUGUUGUAAUGAAUAUUUUGUUUUAAUGUUAUUUGCUAAUUAAUUAAUUUUUAUCAUGUUUUACUAUGAGUGCGCUAGGGGACACUCAAAAAUAUUAUGUGAAUUCAAGUCGGAAUGAAUAAACUUGUAAGCAUUUGUGA